AUGCCGGCUCCGAACGGAGAUGAGAUGCGCCUUUGGCAAGUCCGCAAUCCCGGUCCUCUUUCUCAGACCCUCACUCUCACAACCGCGCCUCGGCCUUCCAGGGAUGUUGAGAAGGGCAAAGUCCUUGUUGAAGUCGCUGUUGUCGGCCUCAACCCAGCAGAUUACAAAUUGGCAGAGGCUGGUUUGGUAGCCAGACUUCAGCUGCCGUUCCCCAAGACUCUCGGCACCGACUUCAGCGGCAGAGCCAUCGCCGUUGGUUCCGAUAUCACUGAUAUCAAGCCAGGGGACAAUGUGUUUGGUCGCAUGUUCCCUUUCAAUUCUGCAGGCUCACUUUCCGAGUACGUCAUUGCCUCGUACGACGACGUCGCUGUCAUUCCCAAGACGGUAACUCUCGAACAGGCUGCCGGCGCCUCAACCGUCGCGCAGACAGCGUACCAGACCUUGGCGCCCGUUGUCAAGGCAGGCGACAAGGUCUUUAUUAAUGGUGGCUCCGGUGGCACUGGUACAUUUUGCAUCCAAAUCGCCAAGGCACUGGGCUGCCAUGUCACCGUCUCAUGCUCAACCACAAAGGUCGCACUCUGCCGGGAGCUUGGUGCAGACGAGGUCAUGGACUACAAGAAAACAAAUAUCCUGUCGGCACUGCAAAGUGGUGGUAAUAAGUACGCCGUGGCCAUCGACAAUGUCGGCAACCUGAAUCUCUUUGGCUCGGCGGACAAGUUUCUCCUGCCUGGGGGGUUAUUUCGACUUGUCGGUGCCCCAAGCUCGCUCUCAACGGCAUGGAAUUUGGGGCACAACCUGCUGGCGAGUAAAUAUCUUCCGGCAUUCCUCAAUGGUAACAAGAAUACUUUCAAUGCGUACGUCACGAAGAAUUCACAUGAGGACCUGGCGCAGGUUGCUGCGUUAAUGGCCGAGGGCAAAGUAAGGACAGUGGUAGACUCCGUGUUCCAAUUCAGCGAUGUGCUCAAAGCAUAUCAGAGGUUGGGAACUGGUUCUAGCACAGGAAAGGUCUUGGUCCAUGUACGGGAAUACUUGGACCUAUAG